AUGUGUCAGUCUCAUAAAGACGAACACAAUAGAAUACUGAGUGAGGAUCACCACAAAUUUAUUGAUGAAAUUAAUAAUAAAAAACUCUAUUUGAAUAAAUUAAAAACUAGCGAGAUUUCAAAAUUAGACAAUUACCAACUCUUAGAAGAAUGGAAACAAGCAAAAUUAGAUAAAUUAGAUAAAAUAUAUAAAAAAGAGGUAAAUAAUGUUGAAUUAUCGUAUAAUAAUGAUGAAUUUGACAAACUGAAGAUGAAAUGUAUGAAUGAUAUAGAUAACACACUUCAACGAGAAUCUACAAUGACAUCAAAAGAUUUACAAGCAUUCAUCAUAGAAUUAAAUAGUUCAAUUGAUCAAUUAGAAUUAAUAAUGCAACGUAAUAGUUUGAAUAGAAUGGAACAAAAUAAUAAUAUAAAAAAUCGACUUGAAAAUGCAUUAAAUCGCAAUAAUUAUAAAGAAUUCAUUUUUAACGUGAAUUUUGUUAAAUUUCGUCAAAUUGCAGCAUCACAUGAACACAUACUGAUAGAUGAUGAACAAAAAUUACUAUUAUUCGAUAAAACGGGUUCUACAACCGUUAUACCAUGGAAUAAACAAGAAAAUGGUUUCAUUAGAGAUAUGGUCUGGUCUAGUUAUUUAAAUAAAUUUAUAAUCUUAGGAGUUCAUCUAUUAUUCACGUUUGAUUGUUCAACCAUGAUUAUCGAAAAUAUACGAUAUUUUCCGCGAUUGAAUUUUAUGACUAUCCACAAUCAAGAUAUAUUAUUAAAUUUUGAUAAUGGUAAAUACCUUGAAUAUUGGCAAUUAAGUGGAAGAUGGAAAUUUGUACAAAGCUGGACAAAACUACAAUUAGGAUAUAAAAAUACUGAUGUAAUAUAUAAGAUGAGUAUCAGUGGUGUACGAGUUGCAAUGAACUCCACUUGCAAUGAAGGCCGCUUUAUCAUUGAUAUAUUUGACUUUUCAUCAAUGAAUUGGUUAUAUUGUAUCAAUGACGACAACUAUAAUAUUCGCUUAUUAACAAACAUUCAUCAUAAUAAAUGGUUAUGCAUUAAUGACAAGACAAAACGUUUUUAUUGCACGGUGAAAAAUAAUUUAUUUGAAAUAAAAUAUAAUCAAAAUGUGAUUCAUAGUUUAUAUCAGGUGGCGUUAUUUAAUGAAAAAUAUUUUAUCAUAUUGGGUUAUGAACCGGAAAAUAAAGCGAAAUUAUUAUUGUACAAUAUUGAAGGAAAUUGA